UGUGCUGUGUCCCUCGGACACAGUAGAUCACCGAUCAUGGAAAGAGCCGAAGAUGUCGGCUCGGUCAUGUGAUCAGCUGUGUCCAAUCACAGCUGAUCACAUGGGACAUGUACACUGAUCAUCAGGGCACUGAUGAUCAGUGUGCCCUGAUGAUCAGUGUAGCCCCAGCAGUGCCACCUGUCAGUGUCCAUCAGUGACUUAUGUCAGUGCUCAUCAGUGCCUCGUGCCAGUGCCCAUCAGUGCCUACCAGUGCCCAUCAGUGCCACAUAUCAGUGCCUACCAGUGCACAUCAAUGCCACAUAGCAGUGCCCAUCUGAGCUGCCUUUCAGUGUCACCCAUCAGUGCCACCUGUCAAUGCCAAUUAGUGCCACCUAUCAGUGCUGCCAAUCAGUGCCGCCUAUCAGUGCCAGUCAGUGUUGCCUAUCAGUGCCAGUCAGUGUCGCCUACCAGUGCCAGUCAGUGCUGCCUAUCAGUGCGCAUCAGUGCCGCCUAUCAGUGCCUCUCAGUGCCGCCUUUCAGUGCUGCCUAUCAGUGCCAUAUAUCAGUGCUGCCUUUCAGUGCCCAUCAGUGAUGCCUGUCAAUGCCCAUCAGUGCCACCUACCAGUGCCUCCUCAUCAGUGCCCAUCAGUGCCACCUAUCAGU